GGGGGGGGGGCUAAAAUAGGCUGCACAGGACAAUUCAUAGACAUCAUCUCCCACCCCACGGAUGUUGUUGACUAGGGCACACAUUCCCCGUUAUUGACCGUGGUCCUUUAUUUCAGAAACCGUUCAUCACUUCCGGGUUAUUAGUCACGUGACGCAAACAUGGCGACUUCGAUCUUAGAUUUUCCUCCUGAACUUUUAUCCUAUUUACUGAGUUUUACAGGUGGACUCGACUUGUCCAAUGUGUGUCAAUCAUGCAGGAAGAUGCGCGAAUCGUCUAGAGUUGAGUCGAUUUGGCAGAGAAGAUGUAAAGAAGAAUAUGGGGUUUCUGUCUCAGCCAAGGAUCUACAGCCAUUCACAUUCUACCAACUUUAUACAAAAUUAUUGUACAAGUAUGGAUCUAUUCUUGGGUUGUGGAAACCUCUUCUAGGACCAUAUGGCGGAAUUACACACGUCAAACUCAACAAAGACAGACUUGAAAUAUGGUUGAUAACAACUUCAGCGGAUAAGGAAAUCACAAGUCCUUUACGCCAACAACUUUUGUAUAGUAUCGCCAUCAACCUUGGUGGUCCAGAGCAGGUACUCUGUCACCAAGGACACAAGGGUACACAUCAAUGUACAUUUCUUAUACAAGGUAAUGACAAAGGGGCUUAUCAAGCAGGUGAAGGAGAAAAUGAAAAAGUUCCUGAUGAAUGUGGAGAUGCUCAAAAUAAUACUGCUGAUGACACUAAUGAUGAUAGUGAUAAUUACAGUGAUGAGAGUGAAAAUGAAUUGGAUAAUUAUGACUGGAAUGAAAUUCAAGGAAAAAAGUGGUCAGACGAUACAAAAGUAAAGUUCAGAGUUAUAUGUAAAAGAUCCCAUGACCAUCCCAAUGGGAUUCAUGCUGAAUAUUUAGCUUGGUAUAAAGAAGAGACAGGGAAAGCCCAUGCUUCUGGAGAACAAGGUUUUGAAGCGUGGUUUGUGAAUCUUCAAUACGGAUUUGAUGAACAUCUAUUAAGAACCAAGUUUGACAUCAUCAGGACCUUAAAUACCUCACUGAAGUUCUCAAGACUGCACCUACCAACCAAUCAAAAUGGAAAGAUUAUUCAACCCGGACUUUUCAAAGGAACUUAUGGGGCACAUGGCAUUGAGAUUGUCAAACUUGACUAUGAUGUGGACAAAAAUGAAGCUAAUGCUAUCAAAAUAACUGGAGAUCCCAAUGUACCAGCCGGUGAGUGGACCCUAAAUAUUGACCUCAGUAGACCUAUGCAAUUGACCCUAGCACAACAGAAGAGAUUGGCAGAUUUACAAGAUAUAGAUAUCCCAGAUAUUUCCCCCCAGAUUCCUCCCCAAGAGAUUCCUCCCCAGCCUUUCAAAAUACCAGCAGGGUGCAUGGAGAGAGCCAAAGAUGUACCUAGUUCAUGUAUAGCAAGAUUUCAUGGACAUGGGCAAAUUGCAGGGCAUGCCUUUGACAAUCCUUCAACUACUCCUGGACAUUGGAUUGUCUUUAAUGAGGAUAGUUUUGGCUUUAUCUGGAUGGAACUAAGGUCUUUUAGCAUAUAUUCAAGAGUUAAAGAGACAUUUUCCUAGGCAAACGUUGUGAUAAUUCACAAAAGUUAUUACCCUUUGCAUUCGUUCGACUUC